CUUGUAGCUCUAGUACUACAAUCCCGCCACCACAUCUGCCUAUAUAUACAAACCAACCACCCUUCUUUCCCAACUGAAUCAAAGUAUCAUACACCACCCCCAAAAGAAGCUCCCUCCAAAAACCCUAAUGUCCACUCAAGAUUCUUCCGGACCCUUCCACCGCCACUACACCGUCCUCGACGACAAAGAGUUCCAAGUCAAGGGCCGCACCCUGUUCUUCGUCGUGAUCCUAUUCACCGUCGUCCUCCUCGUCACCGUCUUCUUGCUCUAUGCCAGAUGGAUCUGCCGCUAUCACCCCUCCCACUCACCUUCUUCCACUUCCGACGGGCCGAACGCGCAGCCGCAGAAGGCUCGUGGCCUUGACGCUUCCCUGAUCCGGGGCUUGCCGAUAAUCUUGUACCAAUCCUCUGUCGACCCCGAGGCAGCAGCUAGCUGCGGUGAGUGUUCUAUAUGUCUUGGAGUUUUCGAAGACGGCGAGAAGGUUAAAGUUCUCCCUCAUUGUCGUCAUUGCUACCACUCCGACUGCGUCGAUACGUGGUUGAGCGCUCAGUCUAGCUGCCCCCUCUGCCGUACUUCUCUCCAGUCAAACUCCGACGAUGCUAUGCAAAUCGUCGUGCAGUGACUAACGUAUACUCUUCUUACAAUGGAUUAUAAUUCUUUACUGUACCAUCCUAUCAAAGUGUAAAUUCUCGUAAUAGUAUCCGAUCGAUUGUUUAGAUUCUUUUCAGGUCGUAAUUUAACUUUGUUGAAUACGAACAUGAAUGGAAUUAUUGGAAUAUAUGAUGAGCGACU